GAGACGCCGCGCUCCUCCUGGAGGAGGCCGCCGGCCCGGCGAGCCGAGCGGCAGCCCGCGGAGUCGGGGGCCCCGAGGUGAAGCUGCGCGCGCGGUGGGGCCGGGGACCCACAGGGGAGGGUCCCGGGGCCGGAACGGGGCCGGGGGCGCGGGCUUCCACACUGGAAGGUGCCGAUGCCGGAGCGGGGCGGAAGGGCGCGGGGCUUCUGCAGUGAGGGCUCCGGGCCGGAGCGGGGACAGGAGACGCAGUAGGAUCUACACCGGGGGGUCCCGAGGCCAGAGGGGAGACGGCGGGCGGACGCGGCGGGGAGAGAGACCUACGCUGGAGGCUCCCGGGGCCGUAGCGGGGACAGGGUGUCUACACCGUGAGAUCCUGGGGCGGGGACGGGAGGCGCGCGGGGGUCUACACCCGAGCGUCUGGGCGGGCCCAGGACAACGGGGGCGCAAGCACCUGUUCCAGAGCGGCGACAGUCGGGCGCGCGCGGUCUCUACUCGGUUGCGCAGGGGGCUGGGGCCAAGGAGAUUGCAGGAGGGACAUUUAAGCGCCCCUCCCCCACCCCCCGGCCACCGGAGCGGCGGGCGGGGCUGGGCUGGGCGCCGCCCCCGGCCCCCAGUCAGGCUCCAAGUCCCGCGCUGGGCCGGCGCCCGGCCGCAGGCGCGCGCGGGCUCCGCCAGCUUCGUGCGCUUUCAUGGAGGUCUGGGCGGCCUUGGCCGGAGCCUGGUUCCAGCUGCCGCCCCGUCUGUCUGUGUCGGAUCUGCAGGAGCCCAGAACAUCCCUCCCACCUUUUAUUUUCCCUGGUCCUUGACUCUGAAGACCCCAGUUGUCUCUCCCUCUUCCCGUAUCCUCCGGACGCAGGGACUUGGGUCUGGACACCUGUUGGAGCUCGUCCUUGCCCAGGGCAGAGCCGGACGGCUGCUGGAGACUCUGACCGCUGCACCUUCACCACAGCCCAGACCCUUGGCACCAAGUUCGGCUACGGGAUUAGGGGUGGACAUGGUUCGCACCCGUCGUGAAGCCCGCCCCCCUCUCGAUGACCUGGUAGCCAGCACCGUGCGGAUGUCUUGUUUUCCGACGGCCCAGCCUCCGGACCCUGGUGUGGCGCAUGGGGCCAUGGCCCUGCUCCCCGGGCCCGCGGAGCCCCCGGGCCCCGAGCCCCCGGUUGGCGGCGGCGGCGGCGGCAGCGGCGGCGUUGGCGGGGCCCGCGCCCGGCACGUCAUCAUCAACGUGGGCGGCUGCAGGGUGCGCCUGGCCUGGGCCGCGCUGGCCCGCUGUCCCCUGGCGCGCCUCGAGCGCCUCCGCGCCUGCCGCGGCCACGACGAGCUGCUGCGCGUGUGCGACGACUACGACGUGAGCCGCGACGAGUUCUUCUUCGACCGCAGCCCGUGCGCCUUCCGCGCCAUCGUGGCGCUGCUGCGCGCCGGGAAGCUGCGGCUGCUGCGCGGCGCGUGCGCCCUGGCCUUCCGCGACGAGCUGGCCUACUGGGGCAUCGACGAGGCGCGCCUGGAGCGCUGCUGCCUGCGCCGCCUGCGCCGCCGCGAGGAGGAGGCCGCCGAGGCGCGCGCGGGGCCGGCGGAGCGCGGGGGCCCCGGCAGCCCGGCNNCGGCCUGCGCCCCUGGGUCCGGCGGCGGGCGGCUGGCGCGCGGCCGGCGGCGCCUGCGCGACGUGCUGGACGACCCGCGCUCGGGCCCGGCCGGCAAGCUCUUCGCCUGCGUGUCCGUGGCCUUCGUGGCUGUCACGGCGGUCGGCCUCUGCCUCAGCACCAUGCCCGACAUCCGCGCCGAGGAGGAGAGGGGCGAGUGCUCCCCCAAGUGCCGCAACCUAUUUGUGCUGGAGACGGUGUGCGUGGCCUGGUUCUCCUUCGAGUUCCUGCUGCGCUCGCUGCAGGCUGAGAGCAAGUGUGCCUUCCUGCGGACACCGCUCAACAUCAUCGACAUCCUGGCCAUCCUGCCCUUCUACGUGUCGCUGCUCGUGGGCCUGGCGGCGCAGCCGGGUGCAGGCGGCAACAAGCUGCUGGAGCGCGCGGGGCUGGUGCUGCGGCUGUUGCGCGCGCUGCGCGUGCUCUACGUGAUGCGCCUGGCGCGCCACUCGCUGGGGCUGCGCUCGCUCGGCCUGACCGUGCGCCGCUGCGCGCGCGAGUUCGGGCUGCUUCUGCUCUUCCUCUGCGUGGCCAUGGCCCUCUUUGCGCCACUCGUGCACCUGGCCGAGCGCGAGCUGGGCGCACGCCGCGACUUCUCCAGCGUGCCGGCCAGCUACUGGUGGGCCGUCAUCUCCAUGACCACCGUGGGCUACGGCGACAUGGUGCCACGCAGCCUCCCCGGGCAGGUGGUGGCGCUCAGCAGCAUUCUCAGCGGCAUCCUGCUCAUGGCCUUCCCGGUCACCUCCAUCUUCCACACCUUCUCGCGCUCCUACUCAGAGCUCAAGCAGCAGCAGCAGCGCGCCGCCAGCCCCGAGCCCGCCCUGCGCGAGGACAGCACGCACUCCGCCUCUGCCUGCGCCUCCGCCGCGGAGGACGACGGCUCGCAGGGCCCCGACGGUGCCGGCCCGGCCGGGGACUCCGCGGCCGGGCUGUGGGCAUCCGCGGGGCCGCCCUGACCCGGCGGGGACGCGGCACCGGCGAAGAGGCUGCUCUCCUGGAGCUCCAGGACCAGAACCGCAUUCUCGCCUCCCGCCGCGCACGGAGGGACGGGAACGACUUUGGGGGCCCGGCUCCCUUUGCCGUGCAUGUUGCUCGCCCCGCACAGCCCAGAACUUGGCCCGGGGCUGACCCCGGCCUGAAUCGGGGGUCACAGCCAUCCUGUGCUUUGAAAGAGUUGAACUCCAAGGAGCGUCACCAGCCUGUCCUCCGCUUUCCUUUUGUCUCUGGACUUUUGACUCCGUGAUGGCCAGCUAAAAGUAAAUUCAGCGAUCCCAGAAGCUCCAAGCCUGUAGCUCAUCCCCAGGCCUCACCUUGACCUUCCCCUGCGCGUCACUGGUGGGGCGCAGUGGGGGUGGGGCGCAGUCCCUUUCUGCGCCCGCCGUGUCACCCACAGUGGGCCAUGCCCAUCAGAGGGGGUCUCCUCAUCACGUCUGCAGAAGCCCACAUCGUUGCCAAGCUAUAGGGACAAAGGUGUGACACUGAUGCUCACAGCACGCCAGUUCCUUCAGGGGAGGGAGGUCCCAGCCCUGACCUCUGACCUCCCUUCCCCGGCACAAGCUCCGUGGGGAUCUUCCGGGAUCCCUCCUCAUGGGUUCGCCCCUGAAAAUGCCCGGCAAAGCUGAAGGCCUGCACAUCAGCCGGCCCCACCCUCCCCUCGGGCGCCCCGCCCGGGGUGACUGAGCUGCUUCUCUGGAGGCCGGAGGAAUCUAUGCUCAUCACAUCGCUCGCUCGUCACCCAGCACGGCUGGUCGUCCGGGAAGAACCGCUUCCUCCUGCGGGGCGGGGAGGCCUUGCCGAUUUUCCCUCCAAGGGUUCGGUCAGCGGUGGAGUAACCCAAGGCAGCUGUCCCCUGUCCUCCCUCCGCCCCCCC